AUUUUGGUUGGCGACUGAAUCAGAAAUCCAGAAUGGAAGUGGCAACCAAAAUUGCGUCUUUAUCAAUCUCAGUGAGACCAAGGCCUUACCGCUGCAACACCUUGAGGAGAUCAAGUACCGCCACUCUCCUGUCAGUGACGGACCUGACCCAGCAGCUCAAGUGGUGUGGUGGCGCAAUCGUUGCGUCGGCCAGGCAACAGCGGAGGCGCAACCGUACGGCGGUCCAAGAGAAUGCUGGUGAAGAGAUAGGAGGCGUAGGGCAGGCCGUGCUCUCCGCCCUCAAACCGGAGGUUCCACAGCCCAGUAACUCGAGGGUUUCAAGUGAAUCAGGAAGAACGAACGAGAGAAGAAGCGCAGGGGGAGAUGGAGAAGGGGGAAGAGCGGAGACAGCUUUAAGCGGAUCGGAUGUCCUGUUGGCAUUACAGAAGACGGCGGCGGCUGGGAGGGGCAAAGGCAGCAGGAAGCGGCGGAGAAAUGGGCGUGGAGGAGUUGCAGAAGAGGAUGCGAUGGACUACAGCAGCGUUCGUCCGUUGAGCAUAAACAGGGAUUGGGGAGUUCGGUUAGACGACGUGGAGAAGCGUCUCCAGGAUCUUCUGCAACUUUGACCUUUGAGAAUUCAGAGGCUUCGAGAAUUUCGAAUUUCCGACC